AUGAACGUAUAUAUUCAAGGAAUGAUUAAAAUGAGUUUGAAAGUAAUAUGUUACGGAAACAUUGGUAUAAUAUUAUUACAUCUAAUAUUCAGUCCUGCCUCCCCCGGCACGUUAAAUAGAUCAGGCGACGGCUUUUCGGGGUUUUCAAAUGGUGGAUUAACUGUACAAUUUAUUGGUGAAAGAUUACCUUAUAAUAGAUUUGAAUUAAUUGCAUUGGAUCUUUUGUGCUUUUUUAUACAGUUAUUGAUGCUUUAUAUAAUUGGUAUUGUUGAUAAUCUGCAUAUAUUGGGUUUACAAAAUCAAUUAGAACCGAACGCAACAUUACAAGAUACAACUACAACUACAGAAAAUGUACAACCACAAAAUAACCAAGAAGAAGAAGAAGAAGAAGAAGAAGAAGAGGAACAAACUCACCGCCAUAAAUUACAACUAGAAGAAAACGACGGCUAUAAUGGUAAUGUAAUGUUACUAACUAUUGAUUUAAUAAAAGGUAUCGAAAUUAUAAUGAAUAUUAAAAUCAAUCUAAUGGAUUCUGCAUCGAGAUCUUCAUUAUCUUCUUCAACUGAUGAUAAUUCGGGGUUCCAGUUGGGUAGUUUGCCUGGUGCUUUCCCAUCUGCUGGUUCAAUGGUCUAA